AUGCUUGAACGAAGCUGUCUUUUUCUUUGCGCGGUGGACGACGAAGUGGAAGAAAUUGUUGACGAGGGAGAGAAUUUUAUCGUUGCUGCCGCCGAUUACUCGUUGGGUCACUAUCACGGUUUUGAUUGGCCGAUCAACUCGGUGACGUAG